UACAUUUAUAUUCUUUCUGGCCUUAAAAUAAGGUUUUUAAUUGAUGAUUCAAACUUGGGUGUUUCCUUGGAAUCCAGUUCCUUGUUGACUCUUUGUGUAAUUCUUUCCCUUUCUUUUCCCUUUCGUAAAAGCACAUUUGCUUCACCUUAUAUGGCUUUAAAAUUCAGAUUGCUACAUCUAUAUACAAGCACAUAAAAGCAGACCUCCAAAAUCAGAGAUUCUGGUUUCCAAAAAAUGGGUCAAUUCCGUUUGUUAUGGUUCUUCUUUCUUUGCCUGCUUGGAUAUGAAGGCUUGGCUAAGGGUGUCUUAGGCCUGGCUUGCAACUGGGGGCUGCAAUCAACACACCCGCUGCCACCUAACAUAGUGGUAAAGCUCCUGAAAGACAAUGGCUUCAACAAAGUGAAGCUGUUUGAAGCUGAUCCUGGAGCACUCAAAGCUCUUGGUAGAUCUGGUAUCCAGGUUAUGGUUGGAAUACCAAAUGACAUGUUGGCAUCGCUUGCAAGUAGUGUCAGAAAUGCCGAGUCAUGGGUGCAACAAAAUGUUUCCCGCUACAUAUCCACCUAUGGAACUGAUAUAAGGCAUGUAGCCGUAGGCAAUGAACCUUUCCUUCAUACCUACAAAGAUAUGUUUGUCAAGACAACAUUUCCAGCCCUUCAAAACAUUCAAGCAGCUAUUAUCAAAGCUGGCCUAGGCAAACAGGUGAAGGUAACCAUACCACUUAACGCAGAUGUCUACCAGACUGACAGUGGCCUACCAUCUGGUGGUAAUUUUCGACCGGAGAUCCUCGACCUAAUGGUUAACAUUAUCAAAUUCCUUCAAGACAAUGGUGGCUAUCUCACCAUCAACAUCUACCCUUUUCUUAGUCUCCAAGCUGAUCCCAAUUUCCCUAAAGAAUAUGCCUUCUUUAAUAACACUGGCAGCCCCCUUGUGGACGGUUCCAUCAUUUACACCAAUGUUUAUGAUGCCAACUUUGACACCCUUAUUUCAGCUCUUGAAAAGAAUGGCUUUGGACAAAUGCCUAUCAUCAUUGGAGAAGUUGGCUGGCCAACUGAUGGUGACCCCAAUGCCAACGUAGACAACGCCCGCAGGUUCAACCAAGCCCUUCUCAACCGUAUAAUUCAAGGCGUAGGCAGCCCAAGACGCAAAACACCGCCUGACGUUUACUUAUUUUCACUCAUUGAUGAAGACAACAAGAGCAUUGACCCUGGAAACUUUGAGAGGCAUUGGGGUAUCUUCAAUUACGAUGGCAGCAUCAAAUAUCCAUUGGAUAUGGGGAAUGGAAGAGCUCUCGUCCCAGCCAAAGGUGUCAAAUAUUUGGCCAGGCAAUGGUGUGUAAUGGCGCCUUCGGCAACCAUUUCAGACCCCAAUUUGGCACAAAGCAUUAGCUACGCUUGCCAAUACUCUGAUUGUACAAGUCUUGGCUAUGGAUCCUCAUGUGGUAAUCUGGAUGCCCAAAGCAACGCUUCUUAUGCGUUUAAUAUGUACUAUCAGACCAUGAAUCAAAGGAAAGAUUCAUGUUUUUUUAGUAACUUAUCUGUCAUUACCACCAUAGAUCCAUCUCGACCACCUUGUCGUUUCGAGAUCAUGAUCGACAUUGGAAAACAUGAACUGGCUCCCUCCUCUAACAAGUCUUCGGCUGCAAGAACAAAAAGCCUUCUUACGGCUCUGAUGCUGGUAUUGGCUUUAGUUAUUUGUGGUACUGUUCUUUGAUUGUCUUCGUCAUUACCUUUGCUGAAGUCAACCAGGCAAUUAUCCCUUAUUCACUUUCAUUUCUUUUGUUUGCUGAGGUUAAAAUUUUCCUAGACCCCAUUGAUCAUUUUAACUCUUUUCACAUUGAAGUGUAACCAUUGAUUCUAUAAAUUUAUGGUUGAAUUUAAUUAAUU